UGCUCGUCUACGUGUCAGGAGGUUUAAAAACUGGCCGGGAGAGAGACCAUGCCCAGAGAAGCGGCUCGCAGGGAGGCAGUGACGGGGACACGAACCACGCAAGCCAUGGGACAUCUCCACCACCACCAUCAGCAGCAGCCGCUCGCAGCCCUCUCUCGGCGCGGCCUGAGGAAGACAGGGGACGGCGCACAGCUGCUCCUCCUCCUCCUCGCCGCCUCGAUGUCUGCUUGCAAAGGUGCACCAAUGCCAUCCCAAGCACUUAAUGCAGAUGAGGAUUUGCAGCUGUGGAAAGAGAUAGAUGAUGCAUGCUCUGCCUACCUGUCCCCAGAUUCCCAGCCUCAGGUGUCCAGUACACUGGAAGAACUUUGUUUCUUGAUCAUGGGAUUUCUCCAGAAACCACAGGGCUUAGAUGAAAAAGACAACACCAAAAGGUUCUUAUUUCAUUAUUCUAAGACUCAUGACUCAGGCAACUCAGACAUCAUGUCUUCUGUCCUGCAUCCUUUACUGCAACUCGUUCCCCAGCUUAAUGAGAGAAGACUGAAGAGAUACAAACUAGACGAAGAACUUCAUGGACCUGGAGGGUUUCAAAGCAGAGGAUACUUUUUCUACAGGCCACGCAAUGGAAGGAGAUCAGUGGAUUUUCGCUAAGGAGGAUUUUAGAUUCCUGACCUAGAACUAAUGCUGCAGGAAUGCUGAGUACAUGGACAUAUUGUUUUCCUUAUAGAAAUUAUUUGUUAGUAAUAUACAAAGUCACUAGAAUGUAAAUGUUCUUAAACCAGAUUCUGUUAAGGAUUCAAAUGUGUCUUUAUGUUUUUGAUUGGACUAAAAGCAUAUAAAAAUUAUUGCUUGCUAGCGUUGUGAUGUUUCCGACUGUGUGUAAUGUAACUGUAAAAUCAAUGUGUGCAUGCGAUAGACAUUGCCUUUAACACUACUGUUACAUACAUUUAUUUGCCCUUUUAAAUAAAGGCACUCAGUUGU